ACCCACUUUCUCGGUCACUGUCUCCCCGGACGCCAACCCGCACGGACCUCUGCGCCUCCUCCUCCUCCUCCUCGUGCUCUUCCUCCAGUGCCCAAAGUGAACGCCGAAAUGUUAUCCAGGAUACUGGUGGUGGUGGCGGCGGCGGCGGCGCUGGCGGGGGCUGAGACGGCGGAAGAGGCCGGCAGUGACAGGGAAGGAAAAUUCUCCGUUCCACACAUGUUCCAUAUCGUGACCUUCGACAACGGCCCGUGCCAAGCCCAGAACGGGGAACACGGCACCUGCUUCAGUCAAAAGGAGUGUGACGAGCUGAAGGGAUCGGUGUCUGGGAAAUGCGCUAACGGCUUCGGCGUCUGCUGCAUCCUCAAAGCCACCUGUGGAGAGACCAUUAGCGUCAACAACACAUACUUCAUCAACUCCAUCGAUUCUACGACUUCCGCCACCCGCUCCACCCCCACCCACGUCUCCCCCUACGGCUCAUCCGGCCACGUCUCCUACAGCGUCCCCACCACCUGCUUCGUCACGGUGGAGCCCCCCGAAGGCACGUGCCAGAUUCUGCUACAGUUUGACGAGUUCGAGAUGGCGGGGCCCACGGAGGGAGAUUGCAACAAUGACACCUUCGUAGUGCAUGGGGCCAACGCGGGCAGCGAGAUCCCCACCCUCUGCGGGAACAACGCCGGACAGCACAUGUACAUCGACGUGGACAACUCUGCGGGCCCCUUCAUGUUGGCCACAACGACGUCCUACGUGGAGGUGCUCCGGCGGUGGAAGAUCAAGGUUUCCUUCAUCGACGCCCACAACCCCUGCAAGGCGCCCAACCGAUGCCUCCAGUACUACAAGGACACGUCGGGAUCCUUCAAGUCCUUCAACUACAUCGGGAAGCCGCCCAUGAUGCUCAACAACCAGAACUACGCCAUCUGCUUCGCCUACGUGCCCGGUUACUGCGACAUUGGCAUCACCUACACGCGGUAUGACCUGGGGGACGAGAAUGGCGAGUGUACCGGCGAUUACACGGGGAUGAAUAACCAUAAGCUGUGUGGGGACUUCGAAUCCUUAUCCACAAUGAUCAACGCCACGUCUCCCAUGACCAUCCAAGUGGUUUCAGACGACAGCAACGAGAGGGAGGAGGAGGGCUUCCACGCCAAUUAUAUGAUGAUGGCCUGCCACUGACCGCCAUACCCUCAACUACACCCCUUACAUCCCCUCUCGCCUUCCCCUGCACUUUACUUGAGUUCCCCAUAAAAAGUUGAAUUUAGUUGAGUUACCCUUAAAGUGUUUCGGUUCUUCGGGGUUUUCUCUGUUUUUAAGGGAUUUGCGGGAUGGGUGAUGGGUGAAGGGGAUGCUUAGAGACGCAGAUGACAUAAUAGGAUCCCGUUACACACCAUUAGACCCAUUAGAACACCAUUUAAACCCAUUAUUAACACAUACCCAUUUUCUCUCUCCAUCUUUCCCUCCAUUUACACCCCAUCUUACCCCCCCCCC